UGAGAGAUGGUUUCCGUGGUAACGGGGUUAUCCGGAAGAGGCGGUCCUGGAAGCAGGAUGCAGUUAACAACACUGCCACUCUGCACCAUGGCUGCUGUUGUCUACCUGUACCAGAAAACCGAUAUAUAAACAUUUACAUUUAUAUCAAUAGUAGUAUUCACUAGAAGAAUAUGAAGCGAUCAGAUUAAAAAUACGAGGACCUUUACUUAUCUUAAAAUCGAUGCGUUUUAUAAAAGUCAACGCACCGCUGUCCAAUUUUAAGCCUAAAUACAAAAUACAAUGUCAACAGUGUCUCAUAAUUGUUGCUGCUUUAAAAACUAACAGAUCUGGAAUUUAUUAUCGAGAGAUAGAGCAUUUUAGAUUUUAAAACGCUUUGUUUCCAUUAGAUCGAUUUUAAGACUACCCUUUUCUUUCUUUUUUUUUAAAUACAUUUUUAUGUUUUUGUUUUUUAUGCACAGGUAGUAUUCUGUUUUCAUAUAGUUCAAUACUUACUAGUUUACAGCGAUCAAAACAACGCAAAAUGGACGAUUUUAGCUCAAUCAGUCUGCUUUCGUUGGCUAUGCUGGUGGGGUGCUAUGUUUCUGGGACCAUUCCAUUGGCUUUCAACUUUUCAGAGGAGAAGCUGAAGCUUGUGACUGUGCUGGGAGCAGGGCUGUUGUGUGGUACUGCUCUGGCUGUUAUCAUACCUGAAGGCGUGCAUGUACUUUACGAGGACAUUCUGGGAGAGAAGCAUGAAUCUGUGAGUGAGGGGCAGGGGGUGGAGACUGGGGAGACUGUGGUGAAGGAUGUCCUGGGGGCUGCAGUGGCGGGGGGACACGAGCACAGCCAUGGCCACGACCACGCUCAGCUGCACGCAUACAUCGGGGUCUCGCUGGUGCUCGGCUUCGUCUUCAUGCUGCUGGUGGACCAGAUCGGCAGCUCACACGUGCACGCCACCGAGGAUCCAGAGGGAGGGAGAGCAGCCAACUCUAAAAUCACCACCACUCUGGGGCUGGUUGUUCACGCUGCAGCGGACGGUGUGGCUCUGGGAGCUGCAGCCUCCACCUCUCAGACCAGUGUUCAGCUCAUCGUGUUCGUCGCCAUCAUGCUGCACAAGGCUCCGGCUGCCUUCGGGCUGGUCUCGUUCCUGAUGCACGCUGGACUGGAGCGCAAUCGAAUCCGGAGACACUUGCUGGUGUUUGCCCUGGCGGCCCCUGUACUCUCCAUGCUCACAUUCCUGGGACUCAGCCAGAGCAGUAAGGAGGCGCUCUCAGAGGUCAAUGCCACUGGAGUGGCCAUGCUGUUUUCUGCCGGCACCUUCCUGUAUGUCGCCACGGUGCAUGUGCUGCCUGAGGUGGGCGGGACCGGGCACAGCCACGCCUCCAAUGGCAGUGGGGGAAAGGGACUGAGCAGAGUGGAGGUCGUCGCCCUGGUGGUGGGAUGUCUCAUUCCACUAGUGCUCUCAAUAGGACACCAACAUUAAAACAGGGCAAUUAUUAAUGGUAUUAAUGAUAACAGGACUGAGCUUUGUGAAGGUCACAGUGACCUCUCCUGCAGAGGCAAGACCUAACGCAAAAGGAGUGUAUACAAAACAAUGUGUAGAUAGUGUAAACAGAAUGAGAUUCAGUAACAAUAAAAAUCUUUCUAUGAAGCGAAAGGGUGGAUAAAAAGCACUUUCUUAGGGUGCGUGGGUGUCCUGUUGUGGGAACAGAACAUUUUAAUUAUGUUUUUGUUUUUUUUACCUUGUUUGAUAAUAGGAUUGAGAAAGGGGGAAGUUGGGCAAAUGUUUGUUUGAAGCAAAUGUGGUAUUAGAAACGUUUUACUUAAGGGACCAUUUUGCAAGUCUAUCUAUUUAAACCCAGAACCUAUAGAACUUAAUUGACAAUCCUUUGAUAUACAGUAUGCUGGGGCUGACACAGUCAAGUAUGGCAAACUGUUUUUUUGUGUUCUGUGUAUGUCUUGCUGUUUUUGGUAUGAAGAAUGGCCCAAAAACGUUUAUAAACUGUAGCCAAAUUGACAUUGUACAGGCCGCUCCGAUUUUGACUGAAGCUAGUGUUUUGUUGUGAUAAGUUAACUGUAUGUGACUGGUUAAAUCAAGGGGAUAUUUUCUAAACAGAUCAGUUAAGAGCUGAGGAAGGCAGUGUCGCAGCUUGGUGUGAGCUCAGCAAGGACCUUUCCAAAGCACAACCACCAACAUUUUUUUCAAGCUUCAGUUUUAGAGUACAGUAUGCAUUUUAAUAAUAAUAAAUGUGUUUUCUUAUUGAUACUAUUACGUUCUCUAAAAAUCAUGUCACAUUUCCAAUUGUUCAUAGCUGUACAGAGCUGCAGUCUGUUUCUCAUUGCAGGUUGCUAUGAAGCUGUUAUUGUUUAAAGCAGGGAUUCUCAACCUUUUUUGAAUUACGCCCUACCUUAGCAAUUUUUUUUCACUUGGAGCCCCCCCCCCCCCCCCCCCAACAAGUCAAAAUAGCGAGAAUUAUAAAUCGCAUAUCGGAAAUCAACAAAUCACAGUGAAAUAUUUGCCAAAAUUUCAGUCCAUCUCAUCCAGUGUACAGGUGUCAUCCUGUGCAUGGAACACCACACCAAUGUUCAAAAAUCCAAGCAAAAAAACACAUACCUGGUAUCUUUUUUUUGUAAAAUGGAUCAUUCUGUUAACUUCACUCUUUCUUUAAAUUUUGAAGAAAAUAUUACCAAAAUUGCUACAAAUGUUUAACAACACAUUUCUCUGGCUGCAGGUCUAUUUUUAAUAAGUAGUCUUUUAGCCAGUACAUCACACUGAGGACGAGGCUGAACUUAUUAUUUCAAGACAGUUGUGCUCCACAAACCAGUACAUUUUAUAUACUGAACAAGGGUGCAAUGCAGCAGGCGCCCCCCAGGGGAGCGCUGUACAUGUUUUCUAGAACGUGUUUCUUUCAAAACUGCACAUUUGAGACUUGUGUAACAAAUAACUGUGCACAGCAGGUACAGGGUAUGAAAUGAUUUUGUGAGCUACAUCGACUUUAACAUUGGUUAUGAUACUAAAUGUUGCUCAAAGCACAUACACUGUACAUAACAAAUAGGUUUCGCCAAUUAUGUACUGAAAAUACAGCCACUGCUAUAUGUAACAAAUGGUGUACAAUAAUAAAAGAAGAUGCAAGCUUUUUAAGAUCA